UUCACACUAACAUAGGUAGACUGUCUCAAUACCUUAUCUAUCUUGAAAUUCCAUAGACUUUUAAAAGCAAGUGUAUACGAAAUCAAAAUGCAUCAAUAGGUAUGUAACUAUAAAUAACUCAUUGUGAAUAACAGUCAGAGAAUAAUACAGUUUCUGGGAUUCCGAGGUCGUUUUCGAUCGGUAAUGUUGCCGGCGUGAUAUUAUUUGCUAUAUCGUUUUGUUUUACAAUUUAGGUAUCGAUGUUCAUUUCAAAAUUUCAUUGGAUGCACAGAUUUCUGUUAUUGGUAAAGUUAUGUUAACCAAAGACUUCAAAAAGACGCUAGAGGGAAGUCCAUCUGUGUAAUAGAUUAUUCCUGGAACAGUAGGUAGUUAAAUGUUAAGCUGAUGGUAAAAGUGCAUUUUAAAAAUGAAGCUGUUAUAUUUGUUAUUUGCUUUGGAUCUCCUAAACCUAGCAGUGUUCCUUCCAGUGUUCAAUCCGUUCUCAAGAUCACUAGGGGGCACCCCCUUUACUAUAGGUCUUAUCAACUCUUGUAGUGCCUUAGUUAGUCUUUUAUGGAACCCCAUUGUGGGAAGUUUAAGUGACCAAGUAGGAAGAAAGAGCAUUUUAAUAAAAUGCCUUACAGCCAGUUCCAUAGGAAGCAUCGUCUUGGCUUUUUCAUCUUCAUUGACUAUGGUUUUCAUAGGAAAAAUGAUUGGAGCUCUGGGAAGUCCAGUAGGCAUUCUCCUAAGAUCCACCGUAGCUGACAUAUAUAAAACAGCAGAAGAGAAGAAAGCGUUUUUUAAUAAAUGCGCUCCCAUUAUGUCAGUUGCUUUCCUAGUUGGUUCUUUGUCUAGUGGAUUUUUAAGUGAAGCUAAAGGUGGUUUCUCCAUGGCAUUUUUACUUAUGGCUUCUAUUAUGGGAUUGGGGGCUGUUAUAGCAAACUCGACCAUAUCAAACGACUUGAAAUUGAAAGAACAACAAAAGGAAAAAGUUUCGUUUGUCUCUAAAGCUACUAAGGAACUGAAAUCAGCUGUGGUCAACAUUAGAACAAUAUCGUGGCCUCACUACAAAGAUCUGUUUCUCAUAAAGGGCUUUUACGAUUUCAGUAUCGCAACGAUAUUCGCCAACGUUGGACUAACAAUGAUUUACGAAUUUGACGUUAAAGGUCGUACCAUUGGAUAUAUUUUCAUGAUGACCAGUCUAUGUAGAAUAUUUUCGAAUAUUCUUAAACUUAAGCUGAAAAAUGCUACAGCUAAUGUUCCUGAUAAUACUAAGAUAAUAAUAGUUGGACUAAUAAUAUUAGUUUGUUACAUAAUUAUGUCCAUAUCAUAUACCUUACGUAUAUUUGUGAUAUUCUUAGGACUUAUGUGUAUAUGUCGCGCAUUUAUGGAUACAUUACUUUUGGAAAUUAUUGCUACAAGAACAACGGAAAAAGAUAGAGGGAAAGUGAUGGCAUUGGCAAAUCAGAAUCUCGCAAGCGAUAGUAAACAAACUAAAGACAAAUCAAAACCCAAGCUAUCCCUAAUCCAGAAAGGUAUCGGAGAAUUGAAAAAGGCAGCACAAGAUAUAAAAAGCAUCUCUAAACCACAUUAUAGAAGACUAUUUACUAUUAAAGCAUGCUACGACUUUGCAACAGCUAUAAUAUUGGCCAAUCUUGGUUUAAUUAUGGUGAAUGAAUUUAACAUAACUGGUCGUUAUAUGGGUUAUGUGUUUCUUAUGACAAGUGUUAUUUCCAUAAUAGCAAACAUAGUAAACUUGCGAGCCCAUUCCAUUUUGAAAAGGAUUGCACUAAGUAGGAUGUUAUUUAUAGGAGGUUCGAUACUAACCAUAUCAUAUAUUGGAUUGGGUGUUUCGAUUUCAUCGAAAACGAGUUUCUUAACGUUUAUGUGUUUAAUGUGUUUUGCAAACGCUUUUAUGGAUACCACAUUAGCAGAAAUGGCAACCAGUGAAGCCAAGGAAGAAGAGAGGGGAAAAGUUAUUAGUGCUUGCGAAAAUAUGGUACAGUUGGCUCAAAUUAUUGUUCCAGUUUUAAGUGGAUCGGUUGCAGAAAUUAUCGAGCAAAGAUUUAUUGUUCUUUCUGCUACAGUACCAAUGGUUACUCUGAUGGUUGUGGCAAACAGUAAAGUGAAGACGAAUUAAAUAAAUUAAUAAAAUUUUAAAUUAACGAAAUAAAUAAUUAUGUUCUUUCAUUAUUUAUUCAA